AUGUCUAGCGCACAUCGACCAACAUGGACCCCAGCCAUGGGAAAAGAUGCAAGAUUGAAUACCAAACAAUAUAGUUCUAGAGAUAUAGCAGGACAUACAAAAUUAAAAUAUAGACAACCAGGUCAAAACUCAAUCAAUGAAAUCUCAAGAAGAGAUUUAAAACUCGAAUUAAUCUUAGCAGAAAAAGAAGCCAAUGCCAAAAAACGUAGAGCUGCUGGAUUAUUACCUUUGAUUGAAGAACCAUCGUCAUCAUCAUCAUCAUCUAUAAUAAAAUCAAUUCAACCAACAGAAGAUCAAGAAGAUGAUGAAGUUAAGGCGAAGAGAAGGAAGAUUUUAGAAGAAGCUUUAUUGGCUGAUAAAGAUGACUCUGAUAGUGAAGAUGAAGAUGAAGAUCAUAGGAAGCAAUCUAAAAAAUCUGGAAAAGCGACCGAAAAAAAUGGGGAUGAUCACUCUCUUCAAGGUGACCAUGAUGGUGACGAUGAUGAUGAAAGUAGUGAUGAUAGUGAUGAUGAUGAAAAUGAAACCGCCGAACUAUUGAAAGAACUAGAAAAGAUUAAACGUGAAAGGGCAGAAGAGAAGGAGCGAUUGGAACAAGAACGUGCUGCUACAGAUGCAGUUGAUAAAGAAACUUCAGCUGCCAUGGGAAAUCCACUACUCAAUCUGAAAGCAGCUCUCAAUGUGAAUGGAAACACUUCACCUACCAAUUCGGUUUCCACAUCCACUACGAGCUUCUCGGUCAAGAAACGAUGGGAUGAUGAUGUGAUCUUUAAGAAUCAAGCGCGAGACGUAAACGAAAAACCUAAGAAGGAAUUUGUUAACGAUCUCCUCAGAACAGAGUUUCAUAGGAGAUUUCUCAAGAAAUUCAUCGCUUAA